GAUUAGCAGCCCUGGCGCCGGGCGGAAGCGGAAGCGGCGGGCGCGGCCAUGCGGGCCCCGGGGCCGUGCGCGGAGUGCGGGGCGGGCGGCGCGGCCCGGUACCGCUGUCCGCGCUGCGGCAGCGCAUACUGCUCGGUGCCGUGCUGCCGGACCCACCGCGAGCGCUGCGCGGCCGAGCCCCGGCGGGAGCGGCAGCGGGAGCGGGAGGCGGCGGGGCAGGAGCCGCCCCCGGGCCCGGAGGACAUCCUGGGCGAGGAGGACGAGCAGGACCGCGUCCCGCCGCAGAGGCUCAAGCUCCUGGGGGAAUCAGAGGAGCUGCAGGCUUUGCUGCUGAACCCGCACCUGCGGCAGCUGCUGCUCGCCAUCGACAGCGCCCCCGACAAGCGCUCCCUGCUGCGGAGGCUGAUGCAGGAGCCGCUGUUCGUGGAGUUCGCAGACUGCUGCCUGCGCAUUGUGGAGCCUCCCGAGAAAGAGAACCUCCUCCCCGAGUGAGCUGUCCUGGGAGUGGGGGGAGUUUUUUGUCCCUGAGGUUUUUAUUUUUUAAGUUUGGCAGCAGCCAGAGCUGCUGCACUGUGUCAUGGCCACUGCCCGUGGGUGUCAGUGCUGUGAUUUCAGCUCAGAGCUGACAAACAAAUGGGGACACGUUUUUAUAUCCUGGGGGUUGAACUUGAGACUCUGGAAUUCUUUCUGUUGGCACAGAAAUGCUGGCAGCCACGGAAAUGUUGCUUCACGGUGACAGUAUUAAAUAUAUUUGCAUUUAUUUUAACCCA